AUGCAUUUCUUCAAACUCCUGGCGCUGACUGCGCUAUCCUGGACGGCCGUCAGUGCCAAAAAGGCCGCCUCGUCGAGCACAUUCGACACCUACUUGGGCAAACAAGCCUCCUCCGCACCCUUUGAAUUGGACGAGAAGGCAUACAAUGACUUGACGGCUGCACCUCGAGACUAUGCCCUCGCUGUCCUCCUGACUGCCCGGGAUGCCAAAUACGCUUGUCAAGUCUGCCGAGCAUUCGAUCCGGAGUGGAAGAUUAUAGGGAACAGUUGGCAGAAGGCUGACAAGAAGGGGGCGCAUCGGGUUCUGUUCGGCACUAUCGACUUUGACAAUGGAAGAAAUGUGUUCAUGAAGCUACAACUCCAAACCGCACCGGUCCUCCUCUUCUUCCCCCCAACAGUCGGCGAGAACGCAAAGCCCGACGGCCAGCCCAUCCGCUUUGACUUCCUGGGACCGCAGACCGCAGAGGGCGUACACGGCUGGAUUACACGCCAGCUACCCGCCGGAAACUAUCCAGGCGUCAGUCGACCCAUCAACUACGGCAGGAUUGGCGCGACCAUCACGAUCCUCCUCGGCCUCUUCACCUUCGUCACCGUGGCAUACCCCUACAUCCUGCCCAUCGUCCAGAACAGGAACCUGUGGGCCGGAAUUAGCUUGGUCCUGAUUUUGCUAUUUACCAGCGGCCACAUGUUCAACCACAUCAGGAGAGUGCCCUACGUUGCGGGCAACGGACGCGGUGGAAUUAGUUACUUCGCGGGUGGUUUCUCAAAUCAGUUCGGCAUGGAGACCCAGAUCGUCGCUGCAAUGUACGCUCUACUGGCUUUCGCCGCCAUCAACUUAGCACUGAGAGUCCCACGGAUUAAGGACUCACGCACGCAACAAGUGGCUGUCAUCAUUUGGGCAUCGGUGGUCUUCGGCAUGUACAGUUUCUUGAUGAGCGUUUUCCGUAUCAAGAAUGGCGGCUACCCUUUCUGGCUGCCUCCAUUCUAG